AUGGUGAAGCUAGUGCACAACGUACAGAAGAAACAGCAUAGAGAGCGGGCACAGCCGCAGGACAGGGCUCGAUUUGGGUUUCUGGAGAAGAAGAAGGACUAUCGGCUGCGUGCGGCAGACUAUCACAAAAAACAAGCCCAGCUGAAAAUUCUCAAACAGAAGGCCAAGCUGCGCAAUGACGACGAAUACUACCACUCUAUGACACGCAGAAAAACAGACAAAGACGGGAUCCUGAUAGCAGAACGUGAAAACGAGGUUCUCUCGAACGACGAGGUGUUGCUUCUCAAAACACAGGACGCCAAUUACUUGACCAUGACCAGACAGAGCGAGGCGCGCAAGAUCGAAAAGGAAAUGAAGCAUCUGGACAGCUUCAAGGGAGCCGGAUCACAUACAGUGUUUGUGGACUCCGAAGAGCAGAUGGAACAGUUUGAUCCGGUGCAGUAUUUUGACACAGACGCCAGUCUUUUGGGCAAAAGAGAAAAUCGACUGCGCAAGUCGCAGCUCAGCGGACUUGCCGACGGCGUCUCCGAUGGUGCCAUCGUGCCGGAACUGUCUCAAGACGGAUAUUUAAAGCACAAGCUCGAGCUCAAGAAGCUCAAGAAGCUGCGGCUGCUGGAGCAGCGCAUGGAGCGCGAGGAGAAGCUGAAAAGGCUGCAGGCGACGGUGGAACUGCAGAAACAGCUGAUGAAGAAGGGUGAGAAGAAGAAGGUGCAGACGAAAGACGGCAAAACAGUCUUCAAAUGGAAGAACGUGCGCAAGAGAUGA